AUGGCGCCUAAAAAGAAGUCAAAUAAAAAGGCCGAUGACGACUGGGAAGCGGAACUGGGCGAGUCGAUAGCUCCAGCAAACCAGACUGAGAAGAAGGAAGAGCCUCAAGCUGACGCCGCUGCUCCGGAGGAAGACGAUGACUUGGGUGGUGGACUGCUCGCAGCUCUGAGGAAGAACAAGAACAAGAAGGCAAAGAAGGGAAAGCCCACCAAUGAUUUUGUGGAGGGAGAAGAUCCUGUUUCUACCAUAGAGAGCAAGCAACCUGAAGAGGGCACGUUUGACGAUGACGAUGUCUUUGCUGGAAAACCAAAGCCAGCCAAGGGAGCUGCAAAGAAGGAAGCAGCCAAACCAGCAGAACCUGAGGAGGGUGGAAAGCUGAAGUCGAAGAAGGAAAAGGAAAGGGAGAAGAAAGAGAGGGAAAAGCAGAGGAAAAAGGAACAGGCUGCAAAGAAGAAAGCAUCAGCUCCCGCAGCUGCUGCUCAGCCUGCCAAACCGGAAGCUACAAAACCUUCCCCUGCUUCUGAGACUAAACCGGCCCCAACUCCAGCUGCUGAACCUGCUGGAAAGAAGAAGAAGAUCCCCGCUCACUUGGCUGCAAUCCAGAGACAGCAGGAGGCACUGCGAAAGCAGCAGGAAGAAGAGGCACGCCGUCUAGAGCUUGAGAAGACACUGGCUGAGGAAGAGCGCAAGAAACUAGAGGAAGAGGAGCGAAGAAAAGAGGAAAUCCGUCAGAGAAAGAAGGAAAAGGAGAGGGAGAAAAAGGAGCAGCUUAGGCGAGAAGGAAAACUUCUGACCAAGGCCCAGAAGGAAGCAAGAGACCGAAAUGAGCUGCGAAUGAAGCAGUUGCUGGAGGCCGGUGGUGCUGUAGUAGCUGGACUGGAAGAAAAGCCCACGGAAAAGAAGAAGCCAGUGUAUGAGAAUAAGAAGAAGCGUGGAGGCAAGAAACAGGAGGAAGACCUGGAAGCUGCCGCAGCCAGAGCCAAGGCACAGCACGAAGCCGAGGAGGCUGAGAGAAAGCGACUGGAAGAGGAGAAGAAGGCAAAGGAGGCAGCUGAGGCAGCCAAAAAGGCCGAAGAAAGUGAUGAUGAUAUCAAGGAGUCCUGGGAUGUUUCGUCUGACGAGGAAGACGAAGCCAAAGCAGAGGCCAAGGAGGAAGCCCCUAAGGCUGCUGAAAAGGAGGAGCCAGAGGCCGGUACGCCCGAGGAAUCCGAGUCGGAAGAAGAGUCGGAAGAAGAAUCCGAGGACGAAGACGUCACAUCUACACAGAAAGCCCUUGCACAGAGGAAGGCAGAAGCAGCAGAGAGAAGAAGGAAGCAGCACGAAGAAGCAGUGGCAGCACAGUCGAAGGACAACCUUCGUUCUCCUAUUUGCUGUAUUCUUGGACACGUCGACACUGGAAAGACCAAACUUUUGGAUAAAAUCAGACAGACCAAUGUGCAGGAAGGCGAAGCUGGAGGUAUUACGCAGCAAAUUGGAGCUACCUACUUCCCCGUCGACGCGCUCGUCCAGAAGACUGCAGUCGUUAAUAAAGAUGGCAAAUUCGACUUCAAGGUCCCUGGACUUCUUAUCAUCGAUACCCCUGGGCACGAGUCCUUCUCCAAUUUGCGUUCAAGAGGAUCCUCGCUUUGCAACAUUGCUAUUUUGGUCGUUGAUAUCAUGCACGGUUUGGAACCUCAGACUCUCGAGUCCAUGAGGCUUUUGCGUGACAGGAAGACUCCCUUCAUCGUGGCUUUAAACAAAAUAGACAGAUUGUUCGGCUGGAAGAAGAUUGACAACAACGGCUUCCAGGACAGUUUGGCUAAGCAAAGCAAGACAGUUCAAAGCGAGUUCAAAGACCGAGUUGCGAAGACUAAGCUCGCCUUUGCAGAGCAAGGAUUUAACUCCGAGCUCUACUAUGAAAACAAAUCCAUGGCUCGCAACGUUUCUCUGGUUCCUACUUCGGCCCAUACGGGUGAGGGUGUUCCUGAUAUGCUGAAACUACUUGUCACUCUUACUCAGGAGCGUAUGACCAAUGCACUUAUGUACCUUUCAGAAGUGGAAUGUACUGUUCUGGAAGUUAAGGUCAUUGAAGGUCUCGGUACUACUAUUGAUGUUGUCCUUUCCAACGGUGUACUUCGUGAAGGAGAUCGUAUCGUCCUUUGCGGCCUCAACGGGGCCAUCGUCACGAAUAUUCGAGCCCUUCUCACUCCGGCCCCAAUGAAAGAACUUCGACUCAAAUCUGCAUACGUUCAUAACAAGGAAGUCAAGGCUGCGCUCGGUGUCAAGAUUGCUGCUAACGACCUUGAACACGCUAUCGCCGGUUCCCGACUUCUUGUGGUCAACCAUGAUGACGACGAGGAAGAUCUUACGGAUGAAGUCAUGUCUGAUCUAGAGAACCUCCUCAGCAAGGUUUCCCGAGACAACCGUGGUGUUGCCGUUCAAGCUUCCACUCUUGGUUCCCUCGAAGCCUUGCUAGAGUUCUUGAGGACAUCAAAGAUUCCUGUUGCCAAUAUCUCUAUCGGACCUGUAUACAAGCGUGAUGUGAUGCGUGCAGGCGCUAUGCUUGAAAAAGCCAAGCAGUACGCCGUCAUGCUCUGCUUCGACGUCAAAGUUGACAAGGAAGCCCAGGCUUACGCAGAUGAGAAUGGCAUUAAGAUUUUCACUGCUGAUAUCAUCUAUCAUCUGUUCGAUGACUUUACGAAGCAUAUGGAAGAGCUCGCAGCCCAGAGGAAGGAGGAGAGCAAGCUACAAGCCGUUUUCCCUUGCGUCCUGUCACCAGUUGCUGUGUUCAACAAGAAGGAUCCGAUUGUUAUUGGUGUUGAUGUUACUGAAGGCUCCCUCCGUCUUCUAACGCCCAUUGCCGCAGUGAAAACUAACCCAACCACUGGACAGAAGGAAGUCAUUAGUCUCGGUAGAGUAAUGUCCAUUGAACGAGACCACAAGCAGCUCCCCAUUUGCAAGAAGGGACAGCCUUCCGUUGCCAUCAAGAUUGAAGGGCCCAACCAACCGCUGUACGGCCGCCAGCUCGAAGAAAAGGAUACACUUUACUCGAUGAUUUCCCGAAAGAGCAUAGACACACUCAAGGAAUUCUACCGAUCAGACGUGACGAUGGAAGAAUGGGCACUUAUUAAAAAGUUGAAGCCGGUGUUUGAUAUCCCUUGA